CUCGCCUCCUUGCUGCCGUCUGUAAUUUUCGUUAUCUAUUAACCGUUAUCUGUGGUCAUUCAUUAAAAUGGCGUCUUUGUCAAGCUUAUUACCUGCACCAGUGCAGCAAGUCUGGGACAGAGAUGAUGAACGGCAGGGCCAGCGUGUUGGCAGCGCCCUGGUCGUGUCCCAGACAAGCGUACCACCGUAUGGACAGAGGAAAGGAUGGGUGCCACGCGCGGAGGAGGAUUAUGGAGAUGGAGGUGCAUUCCCGGAGAUUCAUGUGGCUCAGUAUCCUCUUGGCAUGGGGGCCCGUGGCAAGGAGAGUAUGUCAAAUGCACUGGCUGUCCAGCUGGAUGAAGCUGGACGAGUUAAAUAUUCAGCUAUUGCCAGACAAGGACAUAGUGCAGAUAAGAUAAUAUAUUCAAAGCUGACAGAUCUGUUGCCAUCUGAAGUGUUAGCGGAAGAUGAUCCCAGUCUCCAGAAGCCGGCAGAGGAUGAUAUUCAGGAUAUCACGGAAAAGACGAAACAGGCACUUGAGAAGUUGACAAAUGCUAAAAUAUCUGCAGCCAUGCCUGUUAAAGCAGCACCGAAAGCUGCUCCAGCUCAAUACAUAAGAUAUACUCCAGCACAACAAGGAGGCACAUUUAACUCCGGAGCUAAGCAGAGAGUGAUCAGGAUGGUGGAGGCCCAGGCGGAUCCAAUGGAGCCCCCGCGGUUCCAAAUCAACAAGAAGAUCCCUCGCGCUGCGCCCUCGCCGCCCGCGCCCGUGCUGCACUCGCCUCCGCGCAGGGUCUCUGUUAAACAGCAGCGAGACUGGAAGGUGCCUCCGUGUGUCUCACAUUGGAAGAACGCUAAAGGUUACACAAUACCAUUGGAUAAGCGUUUGGCAGCGGACGGUAGAGGUUUACAACAAGUACAUAUUAAUGAGAACUUCUCGAAGCUCGCAGAAGCUUUGUAUAUAGCUGAUAGGAAAGCUAGAGAAGCAGUGGAGGCGAGAGCUCAGUUGGAGAGGAGAUUAGCGCAGAGAGAGAAGGAGAAGAAAGAAGAACAUUUGAGAAUGUUGGCGCAAAGAGCGAGAGAUCAUAGAGCAGGUAUCAGACCGGCAGAGGAGGAGACAGAGGUUCCGGAGACGGAGGAGGGACUAUCGGAGGCGGAUAAGGCGGAACGCGACCGCCUGCGCGCUGAGAGACACAAGGAUAGGCAGAGAGAGAGAAACCUUGCCAGAGCUGCGCCUGAUAAGAGAUCUAAAUUGGUGAAGGACAGGGAAAGGGACAUAUCAGAGCAGAUAGCUCUCGGUAUGCCAGCCAAGAGUACUCAGGGAGGGGAGGGAAUGUUCGACCAGAGGUUGUUCAACAACAGCAAGGGAAUGGACAGCGGUUACGGUGAUGAUGAAGCAUACACGGUAUACGACAAGCCGUGGCGUAACCAGGACACAGUUGGGGCUCACAUAUACAGACCUACUCGGAAUGCUGACAAAGAUAACUAUGGAGGGGAUAUUGAUGCUAUUGUUAAUACUAGAAGGUUCGUAGCGGACAAGGAAUUUGCAGGCACAAGCAGUAAUACAACUCGAGCCGGACCAGUGCAGUUUGAAAAGGACAAUCCUUCAACUAGAGAAGAAACACAGCAAAGUCGCAGCCAAUCUGAUGCAGACUUUGAUCCGUUCGGUCUGGACCGGUUCUUGAGCGAGGCGAAGCGCGCGGAUAAGUCCGGCCGCAAACGAGACCAUGACCAUCAUGAUAGGCACGACACACACAAGAAGAGGAGGGAUUAAUCCAGUUAUGUUCCCGGGAUAAGACAAGUAACAACACGCUUAUUACUUAUGUGUGUUUGAGUGAAAGAUGUAUCCAUGUUUCCAUUUUCUUAACGCCUGUGCACAAAUAUUGUCUCUAUUUUCACAAACAGAAUGAAAGAGAUAACAAUGUUUUUGCACAGGUGGUAGAAAUCAAUGGUAAGUAGUUUAGUUUUAAUUUUUAUAGCUUUUUAAAUGGUGUUCAAUUAAUAAACAAUGUAAAUAUGUAAGUUGUAAUUUUUAUCUGAUAUGACGGAGAAAAAGAAAAAUGUCUGCCUUAGAUAGCAAUAAUUUCAGUAAAAUAACUGAGGGCUUUAAAACAACUAAAGCGUGUGCCUUAGUUGUUUUGAUAAUGUUAAGUACAAUAUUAGAAGUUAAUGGCAGAAAAAUAACCGUUGCCUUGUAUUUAAAAAACUAUGGGCGUGUAGAAAGCCUGCUCUAUCGAGCGAGAGGCGAGAACAUAAAGAAAAACAAUCUACGAGUUUGACUAAAUAACAUGUAAAUGUAAAAUAGUAUAUAGUGGUCAUUACUUUUGUAAUAAAUAUUGAUUUUA